CUACUAGGAGUGGCAAAGUGACUGCUGACCCACCUGUCCAGGCAUGACAAGGGAGAGAGAGACACAUGCUUCAGCACUUCCAGCUAAUGAAGAGGAAAUGGAGAAGGAGGUUGAGGUGCCUACUCCUAAGCCACAACCAGUAGUGAAGGAGUAUGUACCGCAACUCCCCUUUCCUACUCGGUUGCACAAAGACCGCCUGGAGACUGAGUUUGCCAAGUUCAUGGCAAUGUUGAAGCAAGUAAACAUCAUUAUGCCCUUCGUGGACGCGUUAUCGAAGAUGCCCAAGUAUGAUAAGUUCAUGAAGGACCUCCUCACCAACAAGAGGAAGCUUGGGAAGCUGUCGACGGUGAUGCUCAAUGAGGAAUGUUCUGCCAUCCUGCAAAACAAGCUUCCAGAGAAGCGCAAAGGCCUAGGGAGUUUCACUAUCCCUUGCAUGAUUGGUAGCUUGCAUGUAGGAAAGUCCUUGGCAGAUUUAAGCGUUAGCAUAAAUGUCAUGCCAUAUAAACUGUUUAAAAAGCUAGGCCUAGGUGAACCCAGUAAUACUAGGAUGAGCAUUCAACUUGUUGUUAGAUGCAUUGUGGAUCCUAGGGCCAUUGUAGAGGACUUGAUAGUCGUAGUAGGGUCAUUCUCAUAUCUUGUUGAUUUUUUGAUUCUUGAUAUAAAUGAGGAUGUGGAUGUGCCUUUAAUACUGGGUAGACCUUUUCUCGCCACCGCCAAGGCGCUUAUUGAUGUGAAUGAUGGGAAAUUAAUUUUGUCGGCUGGGGGUGAACAAAUCACCUUCUCUGUUUCUGAUAAUAUGAAACACCCCCAGCUCCAUGAUGAUCUCGAUUACUGCGAUGUUAUUGCUGAUUUUGAGACCGCACUCGCCAUCACGAGUGAGGGUACUGACGAUUUCCUCGAGCGUUGUCUUUUGCUAUGGGAACAGGCAUCGCGGGAGCUGCAGCUGGAGGAGCAGCUCGUGGAGCUAGAUGAAGAUGCGAUCGAGGGGCCAGAGAAACCAUUCAAGACGAUCCCUAUCUCGCCCCGGAUCGCCACAUCAUUGGAGGAGCCACCAGAGCUGGAGCUUAAACCCCUCCCCGCUCACCUGGAGUAUGCAUUUCUCCGGGAGGGGAAUAAGCUCUCGGUCAUUAUUAACUUGAAUCUGACACCCGAGCAGAAGAGCAGAUUGGUGGCUCUGCUGUAGAAGUAUGCCCGGGCCAUGGCGUGGAAGAUAAAAGACAUCAGAGGCAUUAACACAUCCUUCCGCUCCCACAUAAUUAUGAUGAAGGAUGAGGUUAAGCCAGUCAGGCAGCCACAUCGGAGAUUGUCUCCUAACUUGGAGGCAGUGGUCCGCGUAGAGAUUGCGAAGCUGAUGGAUGUAGUAAUCAUCUUUCCUAUAUCUGAUAGCAAGUGGGUCAGCCCCACCCAGGUGGUCCCGAAGAAAGGCAGGAUGACUGU